GCGAGGCCCAAGAAAAAGAAAACCUUGAAUGAACGAAGAGAAGUGGUGCCGCCGCUGGGCGCCCAGUCCACACGUCCCCUCGUAUUCCUCCCCCUUCCCCCCGCCCGCGGCUCACGUCCCCCGGGCGGCUGGCCGUCCUUGCCACACGCCCUUCUUCCGCGCGCAAGCUGCGGAGGGGUAUGAAGGCUGAGUGAUAGCACCAAGGGCGGCUGGCGCGAAGCAGAGAAGAAUCGCGCGGCGAUCCGCUGGUGUGGGGAGGACAGGGGGGCAGUUGAAGGCUCUACCGAGCGAAGCAAGAAGUGUGGAGAUAAGGCUGGUGAAGGAACAAAGGAGCACGAAGAAGAAUCAGAUAUGGCGGCGGCGGCUAUGGCGUCAUCAUCUUCCCUUCUAGCAGCUGGCGUAGCUUCCAGCGGCAGUCUUAACGCAGCAUCGCUGUCAUGUAGUCGCAGCAUGUUCUCUGGCGAUGCCAGCUGCCUCCGCCCAGCUCUCGUCGGAUCGGCAAUGAGAAGACAGGAGAACGCAACUGGGAUCUUUGCGAUGGCGAAUCAUGCUCAGGAGAUGACCGACAUUCGGGCAAUGAGCACGGAUGACAUUAAUGCUGCAGUGGUGGGGAUAAAGAGAGAGCUGUUCGACCUCCGAAUGAUGCAAGCAACCCGACAAGAGAUGAAGACUAGCGAUUAUAAGCGUCUGAAAAAAAGGGUCGCAAAGAUGCUGACAGUGAAAAGAGAGAGGGAGUUGGAGCAGGGGAUUAACAAGAGGCAAUCAAGGAAGGUGGACAAAGCGUUCCAAAGGACUUGCUGGGAGUUGUAUUGAGGGUGCUGGCUGAUAUGUCAGUCAUGCGCACAGAGACCUAGCUAGCAAAGGGGAGUAGAGGAAAACAAACACGUCUGGGUUGUGCGCUGGUUGGUGGAGAGGGAGGGGAAAGCAGGGGCGAAGGGGGACACAGAAGGUCUCUGGGGUUAAAAAAAAAAAAAAAAACAGAAAAAAAAGCUUUAAAUUUUGAAAACAUUAAAGAAGAUUUGCUUUGAAAUCCUGUUUGCCUGGGGAAUCAGUUUCUCUCAGCUUCCACACACCUGCCUGCCAGCAUGGACAGUGGACACACAAAAAAAUUAUCCUCUCGGUACCUGUGCAGCGCCAGUUGCAAUCCCCUACGCGUUUCUUGUCACUUUUUUACCAAGUUAGAGUAAAAUUCGGGUAACUUCUUUUACCUAUUCAAGUAACUUUUUACCUAUUCAAGUAAACUUCUAACCUAUACAAGUAAACUUUUUACCAUUUC